AAUCGUGAGGUCAUCACGGCGAGACAGGACUCACUGCCUGGCGGGAAACUUGAGUAGAGUCUGGAGCUGUCGGCGCGAACGGAUACAACAGAUUUUGUUGCCAUGGUUUCAAAACGAAAGUUGUCCAAAUCUGAUGCUCAUGGGGACAGUCCUACUGCAGAAUUACCACAAACAAAGAAGUCUCGGAUCUCUUGCAAGGAGAAGACCUCUGCUGAAGAUGGAGUGGUGGAGAAUGAUAACGUCUUUGUACAGCUCAUCAAAACAGCAGGAAUUUCUUUGAAUGCUGGGGAGAGACAGAAUGACAUAGCCGUGGAUCAAGCAACCUUUCAGAAGAAACUCUGCCAGAUCUUGAGGAAGCAUCCUUUCUAUCCACGUGUUGUGCAGGAGUUUGUCAGUGGCUUGGAGACUCACAUUAAGGACAGAGACCAGUUCAGGAACUGCCUUCUGCCUUGUGCUCCAGUGCGAGGCGAGGGUACGAGAAAUUUGGUUCAUUCAUACUGUGAAAGCCUUAUUAAACUACUGCUUGGAAUUGAGACUUUACAGCCUGCUGUUAUAACAUUGUUAUUGGAGAAGCUCCCUGAGUUCUUUUUUGACACUGUUGGCACCUUUGGAACCAAUUUCCCUCGGCUUAUUGUCAAUCAGUUUAAAUGGCUUGACAAAAUACUUGACAGCAAGGAUCUCGUCAUGAAAUUAAUGCAGAUGGUUAGUGUUUCUCCAGCAACAAUCCAGCAUGACAUUAUUACCAGCUUGCCAGAGAUCCUGGAGGAUUCCCAGCAAAGUGAAGUCGCCAGAGAGGUUAGCCAGCUGUUAAAACGGGACAGUCGCCUAACUGUUCCGAUCCUGGAUGCCCUUUCCAGUUUGGAUCUUGACGCAGGACUUUUGGCUGAGGUGCGGCAGUCUGCUAUGAUCAUUGUGCCUGCUGUAAAAUUGGAAGAUUUGCCUGUAGUAAUCAAAUUCAUUCUACAUAACAUCAAAGCUGUGGAUGCAGUAGAGGUGAUUUCUGCUCUUCGCAAGAACUUGGAUCUGUCGUCAUGUAUUUUACCUCUGCAGAUGCUGUCUUCUCAGAGCAAGCUCAAAAGCCAGUCACAAACGAGUUCCUCCACAAGCCAAGUAAGCAGCAGCCAGAACUGUGUCAAGCUCCUUUUUGAUGUGAUAAAGUUGGCUGUGAGAUUUCAGAAAGGCAUUUCUGAAGCUUGGAUUAAGGCUAUUGAGAACACUGUCUCUGUGUCUGACCAUAAGGUUCUGGACCUGAUAGUUCUGCUACUAAUCCAUACUACAAACACCAAGAGCAGGAAGCAAAUUGAGAGAGUGCUGAGGAACAAGAUUCCACUGGGCUGUGUGCCAGAGCAGCUGCUACAGAGCGCCUUCCGAAAUCACUCAUUGGUUAUCAAAGACUUCUUCCCAUCAAUCCUGUCACUGGCUCAGACCUUUCUGCACUCUGUUGAUCCAUGUGUCGUCUCCUUUGGCAGCUGCAUGUACAAGCAAGCAUUUGCAGCCUUUGACUCUUACUGUCAGCAGGAGGUUGUGAGUGCAUUGGUGACUCACAUUUGCGGUGGAAAUGAUGCAGAAGUGGACAUUUCUCUGGAUGUGCUCACUGACCUGGUGACUCUGCAUACCUCCUCACUGAUACGCUAUGCCACCUUUGUGAAGAACAUUUUAGACUAUACGGAGAAACUGAAUCCACAGCAAAUUCGGAAACUUUUCUACAUUCUUGGCGAGUUGGCAUUCAGCCAGAGGCAGGAAGACAGCUGUAUUCAGGACGAUAUGCAUAUGGUGAUCAGAAAGUGGCUGUCUAGCACUGUUCCAAAGUAUAAACAAAUGGGGAUUAUUGGUGCUAUUACCGUGGCAGGCAGCAUGGCAGCAAAGAGAAGUAAAGAAGACCGGUGUUCAUUGGAGAGAAUGCAGCAAAGUGAAGAGCACUGCAGACAGCUGUCCAUCUUGCUUGAUCUGGUGAGCUACUGCUGUGAGCGAAGUCCUGAGGCUUUGGCUCUGUAUUAUGAUGAACUGGCCAACUUGAUUGAGAAACAGAAAGGGAAUUUGGAUUCGCAAAUCUUGGAACGGAUUGGGAAGAGUGUGGUGGAGGACUUUUCCAAUGACUUUGUGGUAGAUCUCACUCCUGCAAUUGAUGGUGUUCACCUGUUCCCAGUGAAGUCCUUGUAUAAUCUGGAUGAAGAUGAGAGUCAGGGAACAAUUGUUAUCAACCUAUUGCCACUGCUGUCACAGAGCUGGCUUGGCAAGAGUGUUGAUGAAAUGGCAACUAGGAACCAGGGUAAAAAGAUAGUGGCUCCAGAGUGUCUGUCUCCCUCUUUCCGAUUGCUGAGACUUUACACAACGGAGCAACACAACGGGAGCAUGGAGGAAAUUGAUGCCUUGCUAGGCUGUCCCCUACACCUGACUGACUUGGAGAUAGAAGGGAAGUUGGACUCCUUAGCCAAGCAGGAAAGGGAAUUCCUGUGCUCGCUCUUGUUCCAUGCGCUCAAUUGGUUCCGUGAGGUCGUGAAUGCCUUCUGUCAGCAACAGGACCUCGAGAUGAAAGGGAAAGUUUUGACUAGAUUGCAGAACAUCACUGAGCUACAGAACAUGCUUGGAAAGUGCAUAGCAGGAGGAAAAAAACAAAAAUCUGAAGGAAGCAAAGACUCCUCUGCAGACCACUCACAAAUGGAAGAGAAUCCUGAAGGAAAUCAGCUUGAAGCUGAGACCACCCAGCUAGAGAAGGUGCUACUGGACACCACUGAAAAAAAGUCAGGGAUCCCUUUGGUACAGCUGCAGAGUUACCGUGCAUUCUUCCGAGAGCUAGACCUUGAGGUGUUCACCAUCCUGCACUGUGGGCUGCUGACCAAAUCUAUUUUGGACUCGGAGAUGCACACAGAAGCCAGAGAAAUUGUACAGUUAGGGCCAGCAGAGCUUGCAUUUCUUCUGGAUGAUCUUUGCCAAAAGCUGGAGCACAUACUGAUACCAUCCACUGCAAAAAGAGCCCCUUUCUUAAAGCAGGGCAAAGGCAUAGAACAUGGCAGCAGUGGUCAGAGGAGUGGAUUUUCUCAACGUGAAAAUAGUGACUUGCUGAGGUCAGCCCUCAAGGUCCUUGCAGACAGACUAAAGCCUGGAGAGACAGAGUUUCUUCUUCUUGAGGACCUAAUCAGCGAGAGUUUUCACUACUUGCUGAAUUUCCAGCACAGCAUUCCCAAUUUCCAGUGUGCACUCACCCUCACUCAGCUCCUGAUUGUCAUUGCUGAAAAACCUGUGGCCAGCUGGAAAAAAGAUAAAAUAGCUUCACUUGCUAAACAGUUCCUCUGCCAGUCAUGGACACAGCCCAGUGGCAUGCGAGAGAAGGGUAGCCAGUUCAGUGAUGCGCUGCACACUCUGCUCUGUGUAUAUAUGGAGCACACAGACAACAUCUUAAAAGCUGUGGAAGACAUCUCCAGUGUUGGGGUCCCAGAGCUGAUUAAUUCUGCUAAUGACGGAUAUUCUUCUACUUACCCCACGCUGACCAGGCAGACAUUUCCAGUUUUCUUCCAAGUGAUGAUGGCUCAGCUGGAGAAUUCAGUGAGAAGCAUUUCUGCUGGGAAACCAUCGGACUCAAGUGAGGUACAGCUAGAGAAGCUGCUGCACUGGAACAUGGCUGUGCGGGAUUUCCAUAUUCUUGUUAACUUGGUCAAGGUGUUUGACAGCAGGCCCGUGCUCAGCGUUUGCCUGAAGUACGGCCGCCUCUUUGUGGAAGCCUUCCUGAAGCUUGCCAUGCCUCUCUUGGAUUAUAGCUUUAAAAAGCACAGGGAAGAUGUGCAGAGUUUGCUGAAAACUUUACAGCUGAGCACCAGACAACUUCAUCACAUGUGUGGCCAUUCAAAGAUUCACCAAGACUUAGGAUUGACCAACCACGUGCCUUUAUUGAAAAAGUCCCUGGAGCAAUUUGUAUACCGAGUAAAAGCCAUGUUGGCCUUCAACCACUGUCAGGAAGCAUUCUGGGUGGGCAUCCUCAAAAACAGGGACCUGCAGGGAGAAGAGAUCCUGUCUCAGGAUUCUGAAGAGAAUGACCCAGGGGAGGGAGUUUCCCAGCUCCCCAGAGAAGAUCCUGCUGAGGAGGAAGGUGACAUUUCAGGGAGCGAGGGUGGAUCCGAGCACGAUGAUGAUGAAGAGAGCUCUGAGUAGACCCUUGAGCCUUCUGUUAGCUCACCAUGGCAUAGAAGCAUGGUAUUAUCCAAAACAAUCCACACCUGUCACAGCUGAAUA